CCGACUUCCCCGCAGUUUUGGUGCCGGCGGAUGCCGCCGGACGGGGUGGAGGGUUUUCAUUUGCGUUGCUGAUGCUACAGUAAUAACGAUGCUGUCGUCUUAUGAGCCGUAGGGAGAUAUCGGUCGAGAGGACGUGGACGGUGGAUAUGUCAGCCUCUUGCUCUUCAGGGAGCUGUUGGAUCCAGUAGAAGAGGUACACGAUGUACUCCGAGUGGCGGUCCUUACACCUCGUGGUCCAGAGCGACCAAGGCCACCUAAGCGUGCUGCACACCUACCCGGCGGCGGUGGGCCGCGAUGUGGCCACCGCCGUAGUGCGUCCGCUGGGGGCAGGCCUCAGCUCCCCCGUCACCGAGAGCCUCCUCAAAUCGGACAAAGAGGUGAAAUGGACAAUGGAAGUGUUGUGCUACGGCCUUACACUACCUCUGGAUGAAGACACUGUUAAGCUUUGUGUGGACGUCUACACGGACUGGAUCAUGGCACUGGUCUCUCCUCGGGAAUCCAUUCCUCAGCCGGUCAUCAAGGAACCCAACCUCUAUGUGCAGACAAUUCUCAAACACCUCUACAACCUUUUUCUCCCCAGGCCAGAGCACUACAGUCCCAGCCACUUCCGCCUGUGCCAGCAGGUGCUGGUAGCUGUGCAGAAGCUUGCACGUGAGUCAACCAACAUGGUUAGGGAGACCUGGGAGGUGCUUCUGCUCUUCUUGCUACGGAUCAAUGACACCCUCUUGGCCCCGCCUACCGUAGGAGGGGGUACAGCAGAAAAGCUAGCAGAGAAACUCAUCAGCGUGCUGUUUGAGGUGUGGUUCCUGGCCUGCGCCCGAUGCUUCCCCACACCACCAUACUGGAAGACAGCCAGGGAGAUGGUGGCCAACUGGAGACACCACCCUCCAGUUGUAGAGCAGUGGAGCAAGGUCAUCUGUGCCCUAACCUCCAGACUCUUGCGCUUCACCUAUGGCCCCUCGUUUCCACCAUUCAAAGUUCCAGAUGAAGACGCUAACCUGAUUCCUGCUGAGAUGGAUAACGAGUGUGUGGCACAGACUUGGUUCCGCUUUUUGCAUAUGUUGAGUAACCCUGUGGACCUGAGCAACCCCAUCAUUGUAAGCUCCACACCCAAAUUUCAGGAGCAGCUACUCAGUGUUAGCGGGGUGCCACAGGAAGUCAUCCAGCACCCCUGCCUCAAGCAGCUGCCCCAGAUAUUCUUCCGCGCCAUGCGCGGGGUUAGCUUCCUGGUCGACGCCUUCCUCGGGUUUACUGUAUGUAAGAGCAGUAUACAUGAAAGAGCAUCUCCUUUAGGAAUUUCUCGACCUAGGUCUGACAGUGCCCCACCCACACCUGUCAACAGAUUAACCAUGCCUCCACCCCCAUCUACCACCACGCCUCCGCACAGCCGUAAACAUCGUCCCACAGGGGCCACCAAGGUCACAGCCAAAGCCUCCACGGGAACCACAGCCCACCCACCGAAAGUGUCCCAUCAGCCCUCAUCCACGUCCCCGCUGUCCAGCCCUAACCAGACGAACUCGGAGCCCCGGCCACUUCCCGCUCCCUCACGGCCAAAAGUCAACAGUGUCCUGAAUCUGUUUGGCCAGUGGCUGUUUGACGCAGCGCUGGUGCACUGUAAACUGCACAACGGCAUGAGCAAGGACAGCAGUAUGACUGCAUCUUUUAUCCAAAUUCUCCUUUCUUAUAAAUCUUCUCUGGCCACACAAGUUGGUGUGGAGCUGCGCAGAAAAGGCUCCCAGCUGUCCACUGACACCAUGGUCUCAAACCCUCUGUUUGAUGCUAAUGAGUUCCCGGAUAACUAUGAGUCUGGUAGAGCAGAGGCUUGUGGGACACUCUGCAGGAUAUUCUGCAGCAAAAAGACUGGGGAGGAAAUACUGCCUGUCUACCUGUCCAGGUUUUAUAUGGUUCUCAUCCAGGGUCUCCAAAUCUCGGACUUCAUCUGCCGCCCGGUACUGGCCAGCAUUAUCCUCAACUCCUCCUCUCUUUUUUGCUCCGACUUGAAAGGCGUCAAUGUUGUGGUCCCUUACUUUAUAUCUGCACUAGAAACCAUCCUGCCUGAUCGGGAGCUGUCCAAAUUUAAGAGCUAUGUCAACCCAACUGAUCUGCGAAGGGCUUCCAUCAACAUCUUGAUGUCACUGCUGCCUCUCCCUCAUCAUUUUGGGAAUCUGAAGUCUGAGGUCUUGCUGGAAGGGAAAUUCAGUAAUGAUGACAGUUCGCUCCAUGACAAGGCUGUCACCUUCCUGUCCCUGAGGCUAAGGCUGGUUAAUAUCUUGAUAGGAGCCCUACAGACUGAGACGGACCCCAACAACACACAGAUGAUACUAGGUGCAAUGCUAAAUAUCGUCCAGGAUUCAGCUCUUUUGGAGUCAAUAGGGACCCAAGCAGAAAUGGUUGUUCAGGCCAACAGUGAAGGCAGCCACAUAUCAGUGAAGAGCCAUAGUCGUAAUAACAGUGGCAUCAGCUCCACCAGCGGGGGGAGCUCAGAGGCUACCACACCUGACAGCGAGCGGCCGGCACAGGCUCUCCUCCGUGACUACGCUCUUCACACAGACACAGCGGCUGGCCUCCUGAUCCGCAGCAUCCACCUGGUCACCCAGAGGCUCAAUUCCCAGUGGCGCCCCGACAUGAGCAUCUCCCUGGCUGCGCUGGAGCUACUUGCUGGCCUGGCUAAGGUGAAGGCCAGCAUCGAGUCUUCAGAUAGAAAGCGUGCCAUCAGCUCCAUCUGCAGCUACAUCGUGUACCAGUGUAGCCGCCCAGCACCCCUGCAUUCCCGAGACCUCCACUCCAUGAUAGUAGCAGCCUUCCAAUGCUUGUGCGUGUGGCUAACAGAACACCCGAACAUCCUGAAUGAAAAGGACUGUUUGAUAGAAGUGCUUGAAAUCGUGGAGCUGGGCAUAUCGGGGAGUAAAUCGAAGACAGGUGAGCAAGAGGUACGCUACAAAGGUGAUAAGGAGCACAACCCUGCCUCCAUGAGGGUGAAGGAUGCAGCAGAAGCCACACUGUCAUGUAUCAUGCAGGUCCUGGGGGCAUUUCCAUCCCCAAGUGGCCCUGCCUCUCCAUGCAGUCUGCUUAGCGAGGACACCCUGAUCAGGUGCUCCCGUCUCACUUCCACCAGCAGGAGCCACUUUCGCUACUUUGUGCUGGACAGCUCUGUCCUACUGGCAAUGCUGGAGCAGCCACUGGGCAAUGAGCAGAAUCCCUGCCCAUCCGUGACCAUGCUGAUUCGGGGGAUGUCUGGCAGACACGCCUGGACAAUGCAGCUGUAUCACCAGCCCAGAGGGGCCCGAGCCAACCAGAAGCAGGUGUUCGUCCCUGAAAGCCGCCCCACACCCAAGAAUGAUGUUGGUAUUCGGUUUAAUGUGAAGCACAGACCUUUUCCUGAGGAAGUGGAUAAAAUUCCUUUUGUAAAAGCUGAUCUGAGUAUCCCAGAUCUGCACGACAUCGUGAAUAAGGAGUUGGAGGUGCAGCAUGAGAAGCUGAGGAUCAUAAUGGCAAAGCAGAUUGAGUAUGAGGCCGCUGUGGAGCACCAUAGCGAAGAGGUGUGGAAGAACAAGCCCUUCCCAGACCCCCAGAUCGACUGCAAACCCUCACCGCCCUCACAGGAGUUCCAGACUGCCCGCUUGUUUCUUUCUCACUUUGGUUUCCUGUCCUUAGAAGCACUGAAGGAGCCAUGCAAUAGCCGGUUACCUCCUCAUCUCAUUGCACUGGAAUCUUCCAUGCCUGGCUUCUUCGACGACAUAGGUUAUUUAGACCUCCUUCCCUGCCGACCCUUUGACACUGUUUUUAUAUUCUACAUGAGGGCAGGACAGAAGAGCAGCCAAGAUAUUCUAAGAAAUGUGGAGUCAUCUGCAAAUGUGCAGCAGCAUUUUCUGGAGUUCCUGCUGUCCCUGGGCUGGCCCGUGGAUGUGGGCACCCACCCAGGCUGGACAGGGAGUGUCUACACCAGCUGGUCUAUCAACACCUACAGCAGAGCAGAAUGCCAACUACCAGUAGGUGAAGCAGUUCCAUUGGGGGACACUGGCGGCAGCAUUUUCAACGGGGAGAAGAGGAUCCUGUAUUAUGCUGAUGCUCUGACUGAAAUUGCAUUUGUUAUUCCUUCAUUAAUGGACUCCUCUACUGAAUCACCAGAAAACAGCCUCCCAGCCUCAGAUGUCGACUCUCAGAUGGACUUUCUGCCCAGUGGGUUGAAGCAGUCGAACUUAACGCUGGAGCUUUUCCCAGACCACUCAGAAAACAUCAGCCCCUCCCAAAGGAAUCCCACCAUGAAGACAAAGAAAAUGCCCUCAGGAAGGGCUCUUCCGCCUCUGGGGCCAGAAACUAAAGUCCUUGUCGUUUGGGUGGAGCGCUUUGAUGACAUCGAAAACUUUCCCCUCCCAGAACUACUGGUGGAGACUAGUACUGGCUUGGAGACCACUGCAAACAGCAGUGCUUCCUACAGAUCUUCAUCUUCAGAAAAGGACAUCCUGGUUGUUUUCAUUCACCCCCUGAAAACAGGCCUGUUCCGCAUCAAGCUACACGGCGCCAUGGGCAAAUUCAGCAUGGUGAUCCCUUUGGUGGAUGGGAUGGUUGUUAGCAGAAGAUCUUUAGGGUUCCUGGUGAGACAGACUGUGAUAAACGCAUGCAGAAGGAAGAGACUGGAGAGCGACUCCUACACGCCACCGCACGUGCGCAGGAAGCAGAAGAUCGCCGAGAUCGCCAAUCGCUACCGCAACAAGCAGUUGGAGCCAGAGUUCUAUACCUCACUCUUUCAGGAGGUGGGAGAGAAAAGCCUGAACCCAUGACUACAUAAAGACUGAAAAGGACUGUGCAGAGUCCUUAUAUUAUUAUAUUUUAUUUUAUUUAUAUCAGCAUUUUUGGUGGCCAUAAACUUUUGAAUGAGGUCAACAAAAAGCAGGGAGCUGGUGAAUGGACACAGCCACGGAGAUCCCCCUCGAUACGCCUACCCUUCCCAUGUAUAAUUACCCCUCCCGCAUACAGUCUGAAAACCCUUUCUGCGAACACAAACCUUUAAACUGACAUGCUAAAUAACCUUAAUCCCUGCCUAGUCCAGACACACCCAGACAGAAAUACCACUGUGAUCAGAAUGCCCUGAAAACAAGCAAAAUACCAUUAAAAAAGCGCAGUGAUACGUGGUUUUGUUGCUAGAAGCUAAAGCAUUAUAUCACGGACGCCAAGUGCUGCUGUGCUCUCCCUCCUCAACCCUCCCCAGUCACUGCAUUGAUCUGCUUUGUUUUGUUUUUGGCAGUCUGGCUCUCAGCACAGGCAUACCUAAUUUUAGCUUUCAAAAUUUGUGUUUUGCCAUAAUUGUGUCCAUUUUAAAUAUGCUCUCAUGUUUUUUAAAUGUGUGAAUGAAUUGUGCUCAUUACAUCACUAUUUAUUAAUGCAUAUUUUUCUUGUGUAGUACAAUAGCUUUUAGUCGUGUGGUUCACUACUAAGGUUCACUGCUUAAAAUGCACUGCAUUCUCAUAACUUUUUUUUUUCUCCCCCCUUUUUUCCUUUUCAUCUGGCAUUUUCCGGAAAUGUUUUCCUUCAGAAUUUGAGAUACUCUGUCCGUUGUGUCUUAUCUUUAUAGAUUUUAACCAAAAACAAUAAUUACUGUAACAGAAUAUUUGGUAAAGGAUAACUUAUUCUUUUCAUCAGGCAAGAGUAGACAAACUGUAUCUUUUAAAAAUCUCAGGCUGUUUAUACUGUGUUCUAUAAGCUUACUCAUCAUGACAUGAAUUUUGUGCACUUCAACCAGCUGACCUCAUUAUUAUUAUUAUUAUUAUUAUUACUACUACUAAUAGUAUUUUUGUUGUUUGUGUAAUUAUACCUAACUGAAAUGGCAGUGUCACUAUUGAUUUACAGCUCUGUCACACGUAGCUUCUAGCUGUUCAAAUAAACACACCAUUAUCAGAAAGGGCAGGUCCUGCUUUUUGGAGUAUAAGAAGUUACAUACUUGUUAUCAAGUCUGUGGUCAUUUCGUCAACGCAAAACGUUUUCUCAACAUUGUUCUGCACGCUAAUGGGUUUGCCCACAGACGUCAGCUUAAUGUUUUGUAAUAGUUGUCAGUUUUUGUAUCUGGUUCCACAGGAUUUUCUGUCUGACCUUGAAGAAAGAAUGAGAAGUCACUGCUUUUUCAGCAAAUUUUUCAGGAGCCUGUGCACAUGUUGGCCAGAGGGUUUUUUUUUUUUUUUGCUGUAUGUCUAUAACUGCAAAAUAUACAAAGAAUUAUAAAUUUAUAAAUAUUUUAAAGGGCUGACGUGUUACACUGUUUUUCAGUAACCACCAUUGCCAUCACAUUUGCUAAUAUUGGUCUUGAAAAGUCAGGUCUUAAAUUAUUCUU